UAUGUUUUGUGGCUCCCUGGGGAAAGUCAAAACCCCGGCAUUUUUCACUUCUCUCGUGUCUUCUCUGCACAGUUGUCAGAUCAGCUGCAGUAGUCGACGGGAGAACGGCUAUCGGCUAUAAUUUGUCGUGCCUUAACUUGCGCAUCUAAAGCGAAAAGGUGCCAGUUUGUUAGCUCACCAUGGAGAACCGAAAGCGACCAUUAGCAGCGGUUUCAAGCCCAGACGAUAGCUUCAAAACGCCGGAAAAGAAAGUGUCAGUGGUCCGGGUGUCGGAUUCGGACUACAUGCAGUGGGGAGUGGAGGAAAUGUGCCGGUACCUGCAAAGAGAAGGUCUUGGAGAAUGGGUGGAUACAUUCAAGGCACAAAAAAUCACAGGUGUCGGGCUUCGGGAUCUCAGGGAUGCUGACCUGGAGAAGAUUGGCGUAAAGUGUCUGGGUGACCGUCUGCGGAUCCUAAACAGCCUCAGGAAGCUGUGGCAGAUUGAAACUGAGCCAAGCAAGGUGUUUAACGAUCCUAUCCACGGGCAUGUGGCGUUACACCCGCUUCUCAUCAAAAUCAUCGACACACCUCAGUUCCAAAGAUUGCGAAACAUCAAGCAGCUAGGAGGGACCUACUUUGUCUUUCCCGGAGCGUCCCACAACCGAUUCGAACAUUCGCUUGGUGUGGGUUACUUGGCUGGACGGCUUGUAAAAGCUCUAAACGAGAGGCAGCCGGAGCUCCUUAUCUCUCGCAGAGACAUCUUGUGCGUGCAGAUUGCUGGGCUGUGCCACGACCUGGGACAUGGACCAUUUUCCCACAUGUUCGAUGGUGUGUUCAUCCCCAAAGCACGUCCUGGUAUAACCUGGAAGCAUGAGACUGCCUCUCUCUCCAUGUUUGACUACCUGGUGGAGGCCAACGGGCUGAGGCCUGUGAUGGAGGAGCACGGGCUGGUGCUGCCUGAGGACCUGGACUUCAUUAAGGAGCAGAUUGCUGGACCAUUAGACAAAACAGCAGCUAAGGGCAAAAAGUGGCAGUAUAAAGGCCGUCAAAAAGACAAGUCCUUCCUCUACGAAAUCGUGGCCAACAAAAGGAAUGGCAUUGACGUAGAUAAGUGGGACUAUUUUGCAAGGGACUGUUACCACCUGGGCAUCAAUAACAACUUUGAUUAUAGCCGCUUCCUAAACUUUGCCAGGGUGUGUGAGGUGGACGGGCAGAAGCACAUCUGCACUCGAGACAAGGAAGUGGGAAAUCUAUAUGACAUGUUCCACACCAGGAACUGUCUUCACAGAAGAGCCUACCAGCACAAAGUGUGCAACAUCAUAGAGACUAUGAUCACAGAGGCUUUUUUAAAAGCAGACCCACACCUUCAGUUUGAAGGUAAAGAAGGGAAGAUGUUCACGCUCUCCACAGCCAUUGAUGACAUGGUGGCCUACACCAAGCUGACAGAUAAUGUGUUUGAACAAAUACUCAACUCCUCCUCCCCCGAGCUUGCAGAGGCGAAACAGAUCCUGCACAACAUCGUCUGCCGGCGCCUCUACAAGUGUCUGGGCCAAACUACCUCAGAAACUUCCAUACAUGUCACCCAGGAGACGAUCAAGAGCUUGGAAGCUGACCUGGCCCGAUCCAUCCCUCAGAGCGGCACCCAGGACGUCAAUCUACAGCCAGAGGACUUCGUAGUUAGUGUUAUUGUCAUGGAUUAUGGGAUGAAGGAGAAGAACCCCAUCAACAAUGUGCGUUUCUAUUGCAAGAACGACGUGACUAAAGCCAUCCAGAUACGCAAGAAUCAGGUGUCUAAACUUCUUCCAGAGCAGUUUGUUGAGCAGCUGAUCAGGGUCUACUGUAAGAAGACAGAUGAUAAGACUUUGGAGGCUGCCAAGAAGCACUUUGUUCAGUGGUGCAUGGACAGGAACUUCUCAAAGCCUCAGGAUGGAGACAUAAUAGCCCCAGAGCUGACUCCUCUGAAACCCAGCUGGUCGAACAUCAACGAGGAUAGUGAAGAGGGCACAUCCACAGAAGCAAACGGUGUCAAUUUAAAUGGAAAAAAGACGGCCAAAGCGAAGCUUUUCUAGUGAGAGAGGGAGAUUUUACAUAUGGAGAAAGAUCAGAUGAAACAGUGUGCUAUAUUUUUCUGUGAGGAGUGUGCUGAUGAACACAGCAAGUUGUUUUAUAUCAAAAAGGUUUCAAAUAUUCAAAAAGAGAAGAAGCAUAGAUGUCUUUCAGAACUUCUCAGGGUUUUUUGUUUGUUUGUUUUUUGGUUCGGUUUUGUUUGUGAAUAUGGUUUUAAUUUAGACUUCUCUGGGGGGGAAAUGUCUUAUCAUGUCAUUAGAUACCAAAUGAUGAAUCAGGUCAGUUCAAAUGUUACACAGACUACAUUUCAGGGCAGUAUAUCUUAUAGCUGGGAUUUAGGUAUUUUAUUCAGCUUCAGCUAAAGUUUGAGGCUGUUUUCAGAACUCAGGCUUUCACGCACAAAAUGUUACAUAUGAAUCUGUGAUGAUAUUUAAAGUGAGCAUUUGCUUUUACUCUUGGGGUGGUUUGGAGAGUUGGUUUGACUUUUGUUUUGUGGUGUUUUAUUUAUUCUCCUUAUUGUAUCUCAGAUUGCUCACUGUCAUCUUCACCUCAAAGUUCAGUGCGACAUUUUAUUGGUAAUGUGUUUGGGACGCCUUUUAAAAUGAUUCUUCUCUUGCCACGAUAUGGGGCAUCAUCAUCAGAUUUUUGCUGUGUUUAAAAAUACAUGUAUUUUUAAAACAAUCAAAAUGAUGGAGAUAAUCCUGUCAGAAUAAAUACUUUCAUUCAACCAUG